AUGGAAUGUGGAAAAAGCUUCAGUGUAAGCAGUAACCUUAAAUUACAUCACAGAACCUACACGGGGGACAAGCCAUUUAAAUGCAGGGAGGAGUGUGGAAAGAGCUCCAGUGUAAAAAAUAGUCUUACUUUACAUCACAGAACGCACAUAGGGGAGCAAAAAUUUAAAUGCAGGCAAUGUGGAAAGAGCUUCAGUGGAAGUGGUAACCUUAAAUUACACCACAGAACCCACACAGGGGAGAAACCAUUUAAAUGCGAGGAAAAGAGCUUCAGUCAGAGUGGUAACCUUAAAGUACAUGAAAGAACCCACAUACGGGAGAAACCAUUUAAAUGCAAGGAGUGUGGAAAGAGCUUCAGUCAGAGGGGUAACCUUAAAGUACAUGAAAGAACCCACAUAGGCGAGAAACCAUUGAAAUGCAGGGAGUGUGGAAAGAGCUUCACUCAGAGCAGUCACCUUACUUUGCAUCAAAGAACCCAUACCGGGGAGAAACCAUUUAAAUGCAGGGAGUGUGGAAAGAGGUUCAGUCAGAACAGUCACCUUACUUUGCAUCAAAGAACCCAUACAGGGGAGAAACUAUUUAAGUGUAGGGAGUGUGGAAAGAGCUUCAAUGUAAGCAGUCGCCUUAAAUUACAUCACAGAACACACACAGGCGAGAAACCCUUUAAAUGCAUGGAGUGUGGACAGAGCUUUAGUCAGAGAAGUAAGCUUACUUCACAUCAAAGAACCCACACAGCGGAGAAGCCAUUUAAAUGCAGUGAGUGCGGAAAGAGCUUCAGUCAAAAUCAUCAACUUACUUUACAUCACAGAACACACACAGGUGAGAAACCAUUUAAAUGCAAGGAGUGUGGAAAGCACUUCAGUCAGAGCAGUAGCCUUAUG